AUGGGUUUAACUACCAAGAGAGGCUUGCAUGGAGAUGUUAGUACAAGGUGGAACUCAACAUUUCAAAUGCUAGAUGAAGUUUUGCUUUAUCGUAAAGCUUUUGACAAUUUUGGGAACUUGGAGUCAAACUACAGAGAUUGCCCUACUAAGGAGGAGUGGGCAAAGAUUGAAAAAAUUACAAUUUUUUUUAAGCCUUUUUAUGACAUCACGAAGGAGUUAUCCGGUUCCAAGUAUUCAACUUCCAACUUAUAUUUUCAAAAUGUGGUUCAUAAUCAUAUGAUUUUAAAUGAUGGCUCUUUGUUUGGGGGAGAUUUUAUGCUGAACAUGGUAUGUGCCAUGAGAGAGAAGUUCAAUAAAUAUUGGGAGAAUUAUUCAUUAAUUUUAUCAGUUGCAGCUAUUUUUGAUCCCCGCUUUAAGUUAGAAAUUAUUGAAUGGGCAUAUGAGGAGAUCUAUGGUGAUGAUAAAAAACUAAUCGAUGAGGCUAUUGACUGUGUGAGAUCAGCUUUGCGCCAACUUUAUAAUGAAUACAAAAGCAUGCCAAAAGAGCAGCGGUCGUCUUUAACUUGUGAUGAUGAGGGGGUUGAGGAUCCAUUCACUAAAUGGAUGAAAAGGAAGAAUCCUAGCACUAAUGACAAGUCUGAAUUGGACUAG